CGUCCUGCGCGCCGUCUUUCUUCGCCUAGCGCCCCUUAGAUCAGUCAGGGCCACGUGCAGGUCUAAAGCCUUUUUUAUUUAACUCCCUUUCUUCCAUCCCAUUACUCGUGUUUUAUCGCAAGACGUCACACACACCGAGACCAUGGUGAAAUUGGCAAAGGCCGCGAAAAAGCAAGCAAAUCCGAAGAAAAAGGCUCCGCCUCCACCAAAAGAAGUGGAGGAAGAGUCCAGUGAAGAAGACAGCGAGGAGGAUGAGGAGGAGCAGGCACCUCCACCCAAGGCCGUGGCAAAGAAAGCUGCUGCCCCAGCCAAAGCUGCAAAAAAUGGAAAAGUAGCGAAAAAAGAGGAGAGCGAGGAAGAGGAGGAUGACGAUGAAGAGGAUGAUUCCGAGGGAGAGUCAGAGGAAGAGGCUCCUCCCCCACCCAAGGCCAAGGCCACGCCCGCCAAGGCCACACCCGCCAAGGCUACUCCGGCCAAGAAAGCCGCUGCCCCAGCACCGGCAGAGUCCGAUGAUGAUGAAGACGAUGAUGAUGAAGAGGAUGAAUCUGAAGAGGAGGCCCCUCCCCCAAAGAAGGCCACCCCUGCAAAGCCUGCAGCAAAGGCUAAGCCCGUGAAGGCAGCUCCUGCCAAAGAGGAGUCUGAGGAUGAAGACGACGAUGAUGACGAUGACGAUGAAGAAGAAUCUGAGGAGGAGGAGAUGGACACGACACCUGCCCCUGCGGCAGCCAAGGCCAAGAAAGCCGGGAUGGUGAAGGCCAAGGAGGAGUCUGAGGAGGAUGACGAUGAUGAUGACGACGAGGACGAUGAUGACGAUGAGGAGGAAGAGAGCGAUGAGGAUGCCCCAGUCACUCCCGCGAAGAGGAAGGCAGAGCCCAAGAAAGAGACCCCUCCUGCCAAGAAGGCCAAGUCUGAGGGCGAAGGGUUCUGCCUGUUCGUCGGCAACCUGAACUCGGACAAGGACUUUGAUGAAAUCAAACAGUCCUUGAAAAAUUUCUUCUCCAAGAAGAGUCUGGAAGUUCAGGACGUCAGGGUCGGAUCGUCCAAGAAAUUCGGGUAUGUGGACUUUGCGUCAGAAGACGAUUUGGUCAAAGCCCUGGAGCUGAACGGGAAAAAGAUAAUGGGCCAGGAAGUGAAGAUGGACCGGGCCCGGAGCAAGGAGACCUCCAUGGAGGGGAAAAAAGAGAGAGACGCGCGCACCCUGUUUGUGAAGAACCUGCCGUUCGCCGCCACGCAGGACGACCUGAGGGAGGUGUUCGACCAGGCGGUGGAGAUCCGGGUUCCGCCCGGUCAGAACGGCGCCAACAGAGGCAUCGCGUACGUGGAGUUCAAGACUGAGGCGAUCGCGGAGAAGAUGCUGGAGGAGGCCCAGGGCGCGGAUGUCCAGGGGCGCUCCAUCAUCGUGGACUACACCGGCGACAAGAGCCAGAAGGGCGCCAGAGCUCCAGCGGCCAAAGGGAAGACGCUGGUCGUGAACAACCUGGCGUACAGCGCCACAGAGGAGACCCUGCAGGACACCUUUGAGAAGGCCGUGUCCAUCAGAAUACCACAGAACAACGGCAGGCCCAAGGGAUUCGCCUUCGUGGAGUUCGAGAGCGAGGACGAUGCCAAGGAGGCCCUGGAUUCUCUGAACAACUCAGAGAUCGAAGGCAGGACCAUCCGGCUAGAGUUCAGCCAGAACAGCGGGCAGAAGAACGAAGGCGGAAGAGGAGGCUCUGGACCAACCAAGACGCUCUUCGUCAGGGGCUUGUCGGAGGACACCACUGACCAGACCCUGAAGGACUCGUUUGACGGCUCUACCGCUGCCAGGAUCGUCACAGACAGAGACACCGGAUCGUCCAAAGGGUUCGGUUUCGUGGACUUUGACAGCGAGGAGGACUGCAAGGCGGCCAAAGAGGCGAUGGAGGACGGUGAGAUCGACGGGAGCAAGGUGACGCUGGACUACGCGCGGCCGAAGGGCGAGGGCGGGCAACGCGGAGGGCGCGGCGGUUUCGGCGGAGGUUUCGGCGGCGGCUUCGGGGGCCGCGGCGGUGGGCGCGGCUUCGGCGGCCGCGGAGGCGGAUUCGGCCGAGGAGGAGGAGGAGGAGGAGGCUUCAGGGGAGGAAGAGGAGGAAGCCGCGGAGGAGGCCGAGGAUUUGGCGGAGGUCGAGGAGGGGGCGGCGGUGGAUUUGGAGGCAAGCCCCAAGGAAAGAAGAUCAAGUUUGACGAUUAAAUCCUUGUAAAUUUUUACUUUUUUUGAAACGGACUCUGUUUUCAUCUUCAUAUAUUUCUCCAUGCGCUGACAGAGCCUUUUGGACAUUCCAGAAAGAGCAUCUGAUUUCAAUGUUCUGGCGACCUGAGCUGUCCCCUUCUUACCCCCCCCCCCCCCCCCCCUUGUUCUGCCCCUCUUGCCCUGUAGCUCAAUAGAACCUCCAGUUCUGAAAUGUCCAUUGCCCGUGUGCAUUUUCAUAAUUUGAACUUUGUUUUUUUUGUUUUUCUUUUCCAAAGGAGUAAAAUGGAAUGCGUUGGCAAGCCCCACAGUGAAAAUGCGUUGGUCUAGGUACACAUUGUACAUGCAAUUUAUAGUUUUCAUUUUACCUUUUGUAAAAAAGUGACGUUUCCUUAUGUGUGUUCUUGUUUUUGUUUUGUUUUGUUUUUUCCACUGUAAAUGCGAAAGUUAAUUUUACCAUAUAUGUGUAAAGCAUAUUGUAAUGGAUGGAAGAUUAAAUUCACCCAAGCUGUUUUGGGUAUUUAGAAUCUCUGGGAA